AUGAUGAGCAAAGCUGCGCCACCAAACGGGAGCGAGGCUUCUCCUUUUCACAAUGUGUAUAUAUCACCACCUCUUUCUCGCCAUGAGUUGUUCCUGUUGAUCAUAUUGAACCGCUCUCUUCCAAGUUUCUUGCAUAAAGCUACAAAAAUACUAGAUACACACCUGUUUUCAUCUAAAAGCUUCACUUUCUCUGGUCUUACUUCUGCAGACAUCUCUCUCCAAGUGUUCUCCGACGGAACCUGCGGUACAUCAGGCGGUACGGUUCUAGCCAAGGUCCAUGCCGACGGCAGCAAUACUGUCGACAGCAGCGGCUGCCAGGCGCUUGGCAAAUUCGGAUCAGUCAACGUUGUCAGUGUUGACCCGGGCUUCCAGUGCAAUGUCUAUUCUGACGCUGCAUGCGCAAAUUUUAUCUCCAGCUUCGACUCAAUCCUUUGCGGCGGUGUAAUUGGCGAAGGUGUUACUUGCUUCAAUCAGGACGCGUUCGACAAUCCGUUUGUGGACUCCACAGCAGAACCCACCGUCGGCGCGAACAUGAUCAGCCUCCUGGACGACCCUUCAAGCUUCCUAACUGAUGCGGUCAACACGGCCUGUGGCACCUCCGGAUGUGAUCCGACCAGCCAGGUCACCAGAGACGCGACGUUUCAAUCCGAUCCCAACUGCCAGCCCCUUGUUGCCCCCUGUGACCAGACGACUUGCACUGUCUCCGCGACCAUGACUGGAAACUAUGACAACACCGAUCAGCGAGACUACAUGACCUCUUUGCUCCAGCAAAUCUUUGCCAAGUCAUUCGUGCCGGUGUCAUUUGGUCAGGUAGUGAUCAACGAUAGAAACGGAAACAACCAAGCUGAGCUGGAAUAUACAUAUUCCAUUACUUGUACUGAUCAAUCCACUUCCUUUGAUUGUGGCGGCUUUGUUGGAACUCUUACUUCAACAGUCUUAGGCUUGGUUCCCGCAGUGGGCGGUCUGCUUGCAGGGGCAUUUUCAGUCACUUGCGAGGCAUUCUCGCCAAGCUGA